AUGAGCUCUAUGAUCUACACCCUGUAUGGGUUUGCGAUAUUCUUCAUAGUUUUCUGGUUGGGAAUGUGGUGCGUCCACAUUUUAGCACUAAUAACCGCGCGUUGCAAGCUGCACCGCAAAACUGCAGUUCCUGCAAGCUACGAAGUUCCUUUGCAAGGAGUUUCAAUCAUAAAACCCUUGAUGGGAGUGGAUUCUAACUUGUACAACAAUUUGGAGACUUUCUUCACGCUGGACUACCCGUUGUAUGAAAUCCUGUUCUGCGUGGAGGACAAGCAGGACCCGGUGCUGAUUCUGAUAAAGAAACUGAUGGACAAGUACCCAACUGUGGACGCAAGAUUGUUCAUGGGUGGCUGCAGAGUUGGGGUCAAUCCUAAGAUCAAUAACAUGUACCCUGCUUAUGAAGCUGCGAAGCAUGAGCUGAUUCUGAUCAGCGAUAGCGGGAUCAGGAUGAAGGAAGACACCUUGCUGGACAUGGUCAGGUGCAUGGGGGACAAUGUAGGCCUGGUGCACCAGCUGCCCUUCACUUAUGAGCAGCGGCAAGGGUUCGCUGCAGCUUAUGAGAAAAUCUACUUUGGAACUGUUCAGUCCAGGAUGUACCUGGCUGCUGAUUUGCUGAACAUCAAUUGCCACACUGGGAUGUCCGCGCUGAUAAGAAAGGCUCCGCUGGAUGAAGUUGGAGGCUUGAAGACUUUCGGGGUGUAUUUAGCGGAGGAUUUCUUCUAUGCUAAGAGUCUAGUAGACCGCGGCUGGAAAAUCACGGUCUGUUCUCAGCCUGCGCUGCAGAACAGCGGACAGUGCGAGCUGCCCUUGUUCCAGGCCAGGUUGAGGCGCUGGGCCAAGCUCAGGGUCGCCAUGCUGCCCACUACUAUUAUCCUAGAGCCGCUCAGUGAGUGCUUCAUCCUUGGGGCUUGUGCUUCUUGGGCCGCCACGGUGCUUUUUGAGUGGGACUCUCUGGUGUUUUAUCUUAUUCAUAUUCUCAUGUGGUUCAUGAUGGACUGGACGUUGUUGUGCGUGGUGCAAAACAGUGCGUUGCCUCUUAAUAAACUUGACUUUUUGUUUGGCUGGAUUAUGAACGAAACUGUCAGGCCGUACUUGUUCCUACAAGCUGUUCUGGAUCCGCUUAUUCAGUGGAGGUCCAGGGUUUAUAAGCUCAAGUGGGGAGGCCUCGCUGAAGAGGUUAAGGCUAAAGUUAAAUAUUAG